GAUCCAGUAGUUGCGAAAGCAGCCCGCAAGGGGCUAUGUGGGCGCUACUACAAAUGACCAGUCUGGGUCUGCGGCCCCAGCCUUUCACAUCGUCGCAGCGGGGCCCGGCAUCCCCCAUCGGGAUCUCCAGGCUCCAAUGUGCUCGCCCCAAGCGCCUGGCGUUGGCCCGCGCCAGCGCUGCCAAGGAGGCCGAGCCCCUGCCCUCUGCCAGCACGGCCAAGGAGGCCGUGGAGCGGGGCCUGGCGGCCUUCGAGGCCGGAGACCCGGCGGCAGCCCUGCAACUCUUCCUCCGCGCGCAGCAGCUGCAGCCCGACGGCGACGAGGCGCGCGCCGCGGCAUACAACGCCGCCUGCGCCCACACGCGCCUGCGCCAGUGGCAGCCCGCCGUCGACACCAUCAAGCGCGCGGUCAACGAGUACGAUUUGAAGUUGACCGUGGCGCUGAACGACCCAGACCUGGAGGCGCUGCGCGAGCGGCGCGAGUGGCUGGAGGCGCUCUCUGACAUGCGCGGCGGCAUCAACGAGCAGCAGUAUGUGCGGCUGCGAAGCGAGGCCAAGGCCCCCUUCCGCCUCACCCGCAUCAUCUUCCUGGGAGGGCUGGCCGUGGGGGCCGCCCUGGGCCUCUUCAUCAUCACCAGCCGCCUGGUGGCGGCGCUGCAGGGCGGCGAGGGCGCGCCCGACCUGCAGGAGACCGCGCAGAACUUUGGCAUCAACGCGGCGGCGCUGGGCGUGCUGGGCUUCUUUGUGUACCGCGACCUUUCCUCCCAAAACAAGGACCAGCAGGUCAUUCUGCGGGAGGAGGCGCUGGGCAGGCUGCAGGUGUCGCUGGGCGGCGAGCGGGUGCUCCCUCUGGCCGCCUUCCGCGGCACCACACGCCCCGUCAUCAUCGCCGGCACCCGCACGCAGCUCAGCCGGGCGCUGGCGGGGGCCGAGCCGUUCCAGGAGGCGCUGCGGGAGCGGGGGGUGUCUGUGGUGCCCGUGCAGCUGGCAGGGGAGGAUGCCGGGGAGAAGCUGCGCCAGCUCAAGGCCGAGUUUGCCGGCGGCGGCGGCAGCUCGAGUAAGGGCUUUGGCAGCAGCGGCGGCGGCGGCGGCGACAAGGCGGCGGCGGCGGCGGCCCCCGCGGCGGCAGCGGGGCUCACAAGCAAGGACCGCAAGUGGCAGCUCAAAGCGUUUGAUGAGAGCGAGUGGCAGCAGUGGCUGGCGGAGCAGAAGCAGGCGGCGGGCAUCACGGCGGAAACAGUCUACGUGCAGGUCCAGCUGGAUGGUACCGUGCGCGCCAGCGGCGCGGGUAUCCCGCCCUGGGCCCAGUUUGUGGACGAUCUGCCCGAGCUGUCCUCGGUGCGCACCAAGUUCACAGACGGCAUCGGGCGGUGA